AUGCCUACUGAUAGUACUCCUGGAGUUCUGAUUACGGGUGCUGGGCCUUCCGGUCUUGCACUUGCACUCACGCUCCUCAAGAACGGGAUCCCCGUGCGUAUCAUCGACAAGCAACAUGAUUUCCCUUUGGAACAGCGAGGCUCCGUCCUCCAGCCUCGAACACUCGAGGUGUUCCACUACCUCGGCGUGCUGCCCGAUAUUCAUGCGGUCAACAGGCCGUUGUUGCCUGAGCGACAGUACAAGCUGCCCGGCGGCGUAGAGCCCUUCAAGACUUCUCAUCUUCUUGAUCCGGUUGACCCGACGCCGGAUGUACCCUACCCCAACCCGAUCAUACUGGGCCAAGGAUACACCCAGGCGAUCCUUCGCUCGCACCUCGAGAAGUACGGCUGCGUCGUUGAGACAGAUACGGAGCUUGGCGAGUUCAAACAGACGUCGGAGGACAUCGUCGCAACGCUAGUCAAGCGACAGGAUGGCAAAGAGGUCGCUGAGACAGCACACUUCCGCUGGCUUGUUGGCGCAGAUGGGGGGCGGAGCAACGUCCGGAAGCAGCUGGGUCUCUCCUUCGAGGGGCAGGCGCUGAAGGAACAUACCAUCAUCGGAGAACUUGACUUAGAGGGACUCGACGCAGACCAUUGGCAUCGAUGGAACGAUUGGCAGAACCCGACCAUUGUCACCGUUAUCCUUCGGCCGACCGAGGUCAAGGGCCAGUUCUUUUUCAUCACAGGAGGCCACGUCGACUAUAGCGAGCUCUUAGCGGACCAUGAGAAACUGCUCAAGGCCAUUCGCGACUUCAUCCAACGAGAUGAUCUCAUUUUCGGUAACAUCAAGUAUGCAACUGAAUAUCGUGCUAACGCUCGCGUGGUGGAUAAAUUUGGCGUGGGGCGCGUCUUCGUAGCAGGAGAUGCUGCUCAUGUUCACAGCCCGCAGGGUGGGCAAGGUCUCAACACAAGCGUGCAGGAUGCUCUCAACCUCGGAUGGAAGCUCGCCUUGGUAGAGAAGGGGUUGGCUGCGCCCGCCCUGCUUUCCACGUACUCCGAAGAGCGCCUCCCCGUAGUCAAGCGCAUGAUCCAAGAGACGCUCGGGAUCUACAAGGUCAUUAUGGACUCCGCCCUGAACGGCGCGGACGUCAACAAGGCGCGCGGCGCCCACUUGAAGCAGCUCGGGAUCAACUACCGCUGGGGGUCCAUUGUUAUAGACGAGCGCCAGCCUGUCGACAAGCAGCAGGUGGUGGAGACAUUAGACGUGUACGGAAGGGGGGGCGGGGACACCUUGCGCGCGGGUGAUAGGGCCCCCGAUGCUCCCGGUCUGGUCGACGUCAACCAAGGAGGCGGGCCGGCGCGUCUCUUCGACGUCUUCAAGCCUACGGAUCAUACCGUCCUCAUUUUCUGCUCCGACGCAUCCACCACUCGUCCUGUGCUCGAGGCGUUGCAGGGCCUGCCGCCGAAGGCAGUGCGCUCUGCAGUCGUCUACCCCCAAAGUGCGUCGAGGAGCCCCCCGGUUGCAUAUGCGGACCUCGUCCUCCACGACGGAGAGGGACACGCAUAUAAGGCAUACGGUUGCCCUACUGAAAGUUCCACCGUCGUCAUUGUCAGGCCGGACGGAGUGGUUGGAGGUCUCGUAUUCGGUGAGGACGGAGUGAAGAAGUACUUCAAGAGUAUCUUCUCGCCCGCUUGA